ACAAUAUCGAAAUAGCGGAGUGCUACGCUGUAGUCGUAUUCUGUAUCUCCAUUGCAAGACUCAACACAGAGAAAGAUGGCAGAACUGGGUUUGAAUGAGCACCACCAUACAACUGUGUUGAAUUAUAUGCGGUUUUCAAGGUAUAAACGUGGACAGAAUCUUCGAGUUGUUGAUGGAUGUUUUGAGGAUCUUAAAGAUAGUAGGUUAACUGAAGAUACUUUUACUGUUGAUGAGGUGAGUGAGAUGCUAGAUGGAUUGGAAGCAGUUGUUAGAGGUGAAGUGGAAACUGAACUGAUAAACACUGCACAUACAAAUGUACUAUUGCUACGGCAACUUUUUCAACAAGCUGAAAAGUGGCAUCUUAAGCUGCAAACGGAUAUAUCAGAAUUAGAAAAUAGAGAAUUAAUUGAACUGAUUCAAGAUAUUGAAGAAAGAGAGUUCUCUGGAAAACCUUCUGGUAAGCCAACGUUUGACAUGAAAAAGUUGUCGCCUCUUGAGAGUGGAGGAGCUGAGUUACUUCAAAAUGAAAUUGAGAGACUGACUGAGGAGAAUGAGAAAUUGAAAGGAAGACUACGAUCUGCGGAAUUAGCGGCAACUGGUGUUCUUAAGGACAAAUCAGCAUUAGCUUCUGAUCUGGAAAGAGCCCAGGAUGAGAUGAGGGGACUUAGAGGAAGACAUGGUACUGAUAGAAGUGGUGAUAUCGCUGAACUCGAAGGUCAAAUGUCUAAUGUCAGAAUGCAAUUGGAGAAGAACUUACAUGACAGUUCAAAAACGCAAUCAGAGUUGAAAGAAGAUUUGACAAGUACCAAACAUCGGCUUCUGGAAAUUCAAGAACAAUUGGAAAUGGCUGAAAAGGAACUUGAAAGGAAAUUCAGUCAAACUGGAGCUUACAAGAACAUGAAGAAAAUGCUGGAGAAAAAGAAUGAAUUAAUUAAAGACCUUCGCAAGAGACUACGAAAAUAUGAGGAUGAUGAUUAAAGCAAUGUUUAUACUGUGAAUAUUUUGAUAAGUUUUUAAAUACUUACUAGUUGCAAUAGUACUGUAUAUUAAGAAGGCACAUCAAAUCAUAGCAUGAUAUAGAAAAUUGUUAUGAAACCUUUUCUUGCAAUCAUUUUCGAGCCAUCUAAUAGGCCAUAUGCAUGACCUCCAAAAGGUCACACAUCCUGGUACUUUCUGGGGGUACAAAUUCACCUUCAAUUCGAAUUUAAUUAUUUUCUCACAAAAAUGCAAGCAGUUAUCUUUGAAAUUCAAAAACAGUUAAACAUCGUAAAAAACGAUAUAUAUUAUUGGAAAUUCUUGCUGUGAUGAAACAAAAUAUCCCCUGAAAGUACCAGGAUGUGUGACCUUUAGAGGUCAUGCAUAAGGCCAAUGAAAAUUGGAUGUAGGUUACUUUUAAUGUACGGUCACUUGCUUAUUAGCUUAUGUGACCUCAAUGUUGAUUGAUUGAUAAAUAUAGCACACUAUUAAACUGAAUA